UGGAAUGGGUUACCUGAAGAAGUGGUGGCGUAACCAUCCCUGGAGGUGUUCAGAAAAUGAAUAGACGUGGCACUACGUGACAUGCUCCAGUGGUCAUGGAGGUGCUGGCUAGAAGGCACUCCGUGAGAGUGGAGCUGAGCUGAAAGGCCACCACAGCCAUCUUCACCAGGGUCGUAAGUACUUCAGCUUCCUGGCAUUAAGGACCUAGGCAAUAGUCCCACAGGGUUGAGCUAUCUGGAAGAUGAAGUGGUGGCUGCAGUUGCUGUUCUUUCCCUGUAUUUCCUUGGUCUGGCACACAGAGGCAGAGUUCUUCACCUCCAUAGGCCAAAUGACGGAUCUGAUUUAUGCAGAGAAAGACUUGGUGCAGUCUUUAAAGCAGUAUAUCCGAGCAGAAGAGAGCAAGCUUGCUCAGAUUAAGAGCUGGGCUGAAAAAAUGGAUCUCCUGACUAGCAAAUCAGCCUCUGAUCCUGAAGGGUACCUGGCACAUCCUGUCAACGCAUAUAAGCUGGUGAAGCGUUUGAAUACUGACUGGCUGGAACUGGAAAACCUAGUUCUUCAGGAUACAACAAAUGGCUUUAUUGCAAACCUUACAAUUCAGCGGCAGUUUUUUCCCACUGAAGAGGAUGAGACUGGAGCAGCGAAGGCUCUGAUGCGCCUGCAGGACACCUACAAACUGGAUCCUGAAACUCUCUCUCGUGGAAAUCUGCCAGGAACAAAGUACAGAUCCACCUUAACAGUAGGUGACUGCUUUGGCAUGGGGAAGACUGCUUACAACGAUGGGGACUACUACCACACAGUGCUCUGGAUGGAGCAAGCCUUGAAACAGCAUGAUGAGGGGGAGGACACAACAGUCAGCAAGGUGGAGAUCCUGGAUUAUCUCAGCUAUGCUGUCUUUCAGUUUGGGGAUUUACACAGAGCCAUGGAGCUGACCAGACGCCUCAUAUCCCUUGACAGUACCCACGAGCGAGCAGGCAGCAAUCUGCGGUACUUUGAGAAGCUGCUGGAGAAGGAGAGAGAGGAGGAAGAGAAAGAGAAGUCAAACAAGACCAUGCCAACUACAGAACCGGUGGUGCAAAGUGGUGCUUACGAGAGGCCUCUCGACUACCUGCCGGAGCGUGAUAUCUACGAGGCCCUUUGCAGAGGCGAGGGGGUGAAAAUGACACCUCGAAGACAGAAAAGGCUGUUCUGCAGGUACCAUGAUGGAAACAGAAACCCUCACCUGCUCAUAGCUCCCUUCAAGGAGGAAGAUGAGUGGGACAGCCCUCACAUCGUCCGAUACUAUGAAGUCAUGUCUGAUGAAGAAAUUGAGAAAAUCAAACUACUAGCCAAGCCAAGGCUGGCACGAGCCACAGUCCGUGAUCCCAAAACCGGAGUCCUUACAGUGGCCAGCUACAGGGUAUCCAAAAGCUCCUGGCUGGAGGAAGAUGAUGAUCCUGUUGUGGCCAAGGUCAAUCAACGAAUGCAGCAAAUCACAGGGCUAACAGUGAAAACAGCUGAACUGUUACAGGUUGCCAAUUAUGGAAUGGGAGGACAGUAUGAGCCACACUUUGAUUUUUCUAGGCGACCCUUUGACAGCACACUCAAAACGGAAGGAAAUAGGCUAGCGACGUUUCUUAACUAUAAAGAUGAGCCAGAUGCUUUCAAGCGGUUAGGGACUGGAAAUCGUGUGGCCACUUUUUUAAACUAUAUGAGUGAUGUAGAAGCUGGAGGAGCUACAGUUUUCCCAGACUUUGGGGCAGCAAUAUGGCCCAAGAAGGGAACAGCAGUGUUUUGGUACAACCUUUUCAGAAGUGGUGAGGGUGAUUACAGAACAAGGCAUGCAGCUUGUCCAGUACUAGUAGGGUGUAAAUGGGUUUCAAACAAAUGGUUUCACGAAAGAGGAAAUGAAUUCUUAAGACCUUGUGGGAGGACAGAGGUUGACUGAACCCCACCCAGCUGCAGGCCUCUCUGUGUCUCCUUUUCUACUGUUGUUGCUUCCAGUUCAUUUCUAAGAAAUGAUCCAUCUCUUCCUCCAAGGGUCCUGGCACUUUACCCCAAAUCAAAAUAAAGGACAACAAAAUACAUAACACUUGUGAAGGAGAGCAAAUGGCAUUGUACACACACUCGUGGUUUGGUUGCUGUUCUUUCCAUGGCCCCCUCCUCCUUCCACCCUCCCACCUUUCUCUGUGCAGUGCUGUGGGUGAGUCAGAGCACUUGGGUGCUUGGUCUUGUGCCUUUUGUACCUCAGAAGAUUUUUAGAUGUUAAAUAUUUCUUUGAACCAAAGCUUGGUUGGGU